AUGGAAAUCAAAAAAAAUGCAAUGGCUGAAAAAGCGGAUGAGCUACAGAGGAUUAAGCUAAAACUGAAGGAUCUAAUAUCAAAACAAUUGAGUAUGAAUGACUAUGUGCCCAUAAAUCUAUACGAAAUUAGAAACUACAUCUAUUACGGAUUUUCAGACAAAAGUCUUAGGCCAAGCUACUGGAAAGUGUUGUUAAACUACUAUUCACCUAACAAAUUUAAGUUGGAGCAGUUUUAUAAACAAGCCAGACAGGCCUACACCGAUAUCUUGAAUAAGACACAUAAAAGCAAUAGCAAUGUAAGGAAGCUUACGAGUAUUAUAAAUGCCGAGCUAGAAAGGACUGAUUUUGAUAGGAUACAGAAGGCAUCUAUAGGAAGGAUUCUCACUGCCUUUUCAAUUAUAAAUCCCAAAAUAGGAUAUGUUCAGGGUAUGAUUAACCUUGUGUACGUGCUAUACUUUGUAUUAUCGGGUGAUGAAAAUAUUGAAACAGCCAAAUUUGCAGAAGAAGAUGCGUUUUAUUUAUUUAACAAUCUGAUAUCAGAAAUGUCAAAUCUCUUUAUUGAUGAAUUUGACGACCAAAAGCAGGGAAUAAGAUAUAAGGUAAAUGAAGUAUUUCAAAUAAUCAAGACUAAAGAUCCAGAGCUCUAUAACGCACUGGCUGAUAAAGAUCUGAUCAAAACGAUGUUUCCGCUAAAGUGGAUUCUGUUGCUUUUUUCCGCUGAAUAUCCAAUUGAUCGGACAGUUUGGCUCUGGGACAAGAUACUCAGUGAUGCAUAUCGGUUUGAAAUUUUACUGUACUGUGCUGCGGCUGUUAUCAUUCUAAUGAGGAGUAUAAUUCUGACAGAGACUUAUGAUAAGUGCCUUGCAAUUCUUCAAAAACCCUCGGCCAUAAAUCCUGAAUUGGUGUUUGAUAUUGCCGAUACCAUGAGAAGAGACGAUCGUGACAUAAAUCAGAUAAUAAAAGAGAGGAUGGAAAAUAAAUAA